AUGCAGCUUUUUGAUGCCGAAUCUUCGACGUACACGUAUCUUCUCUGGGACAAAGACACAAAGGACGCUAUUCUUGUGGAUCCGGUGGACACUCAAGUCGAUCGUGACAUCGACGAAGCCACAAAACUCAACCUAAGCCUUGUUUAUGGUGUGAACACGCAUGCGCAUGCGGAUCACAUUACUGGAACACAUUUGCUGAAGCAAAAGAUAUCUGGGCUAAAGAGUGUGAUUGCUGAGUCCUCUGGAGCCAAAGCAGACUUGCACGUCGUCGCUGGAGAUCGAAUUUUUUUUGGAAGUCGUUUCCUCAGUGUGCGUUCUACUCCCGGCCAUACAAAGGGAUGCACGUCUUAUGUUGCGGACGAUGAAUCAUUUGUUUUGACUGGAGAUACAUUGCUCAUUGGAGGUUGUGGUCGAACGGACUUUCAAGGUGGAUCAGCAUCUACCCUUUUCGAUUCGGUACAGUCCCAACUGUUCAGCUUGCCCCCGACAACAAUAGUUUACCCUGCCCACGAUUACAAAGGUCGAACGAGUAGUACAAUUGAGAAAGAACUUGACAGCAAUCCCCGUUUGGGUAAAGGGAAAACUAAGAAAGAAUUCAUUGAGAUCAUGAGCAACUUGAACUUGGCUUAUCCAAAGAAGAUUGACGUUGCGGUCCCAGCUAACAUGCGAUGUGGUGUUCCUGAUCCAUGA